CCUCUGCAGCUUCAAUCAUGUCCGGCUUCGAUGACCCCGGGAUCUUCUACAGCGACAGCUUCGGGGGGGACCCCGGCGCCGAGGAGGGUCAGGCCCGCAAGUCCCAGCUGCAGAAGCGCUUCAAGGAGUUUCUGCGCCAGUAUCGCGUGGGCACCGACCGCACCGGCUUCACCUUCAAGUACAGAGAUGAGCUCAAGCGCCAUUACAACCUGGGCGAGUACUGGAUCGAGGUGGAGAUGGAGGACCUGGCCAGCUUCGACGAGGACCUGGCCGACUACCUGUACAAGCAGCCGGCCGAGCACCUGAAGCUGCUGGAGGAGGCGGCCAAGGAGGUGGCGGACGAGGUGACCCGGCCGCGGCCUGAGGGGGAGGAGACCCUGCAGGACAUCCAGGUCAUGCUGAAGUCUGACGCCAGCCCGGCCAACAUCCGGAGCCUAAAGUCUGACAUGAUGUCCCACCUGGUGAAGAUCCCGGGGAUCAUCAUCGCGGCCACGGCGGUGCGCUCCAAAGCCACACGCAUUGCCAUCCAGUGCCGCAGCUGCCGUAACACCAUCAAUAACAUCAGCGUGCGCCCGGGCCUGGAGGGCUACGCUCUGCCCAGGAAGUGCACCACGGAUCAGGCCGGCCGCCCCAAGUGCCCCUUGGACCCCUACUUCAUCAUGCCCGACAAGUGCAAGUGUGUGGACUUCCAGACCCUGAAGCUCCAGGAGUGCCCAGACGCCGUGCCCCACGGAGAGAUGCCCCGGCACAUGCAGCUGUACUGUGACAGGUACCUGUGUGACAAGGUCGUUCCUGGCAAUCGAGUCACCAUCAUGGGCAUCUAUUCCAUCAAGAAGUACGGCAUGAACUCGGCCAAGGGCCGGGACCGGGUGGGGGUGGGCAUCCGGAGUUCCUACAUCCGCGUCCUGGGCAUCCAGGUGGACACCGAUGGUUCGGGCCGCAGCUUUGCCGGGUCUGUGACCCCACAGGAAGAGGAGGACUUCCGGCGCCUGGCGGCCAUGCCCAACAUCUACGAGGUCAUUUCCAAGAGCAUCGCCCCCUCCAUCUUUGGAGGCAUGGACAUUAAGAAGGCUAUCGCCUGCCUUCUUUUUGGGGGCUCCCGCAAGAGGCUCCCGGACGGACUCACCCGUCGAGGAGACAUUAACCUCCUGAUGCUGGGCGACCCCGGCACGGCCAAGUCUCAGCUUCUGAAGUUUGUGGAGAGGUGUUCCCCCAUUGGGGUCUACACCUCUGGAAAGGGCAGCAGCGCGGCCGGCCUCACGGCCUCCGUGAUGAGGGACCCGUCCUCCCGCAACUUCAUCAUGGAAGGAGGGGCCAUGGUCCUGGCCGAUGGUGGCGUGGUGUGUAUUGAUGAGUUUGACAAGAUGCGGGAAGAUGACCGAGUGGCCAUCCACGAGGCCAUGGAGCAGCAGACCAUCUCCAUCGCCAAGGCCGGCAUCACCACCACCCUGAACUCCCGCUGCUCGGUGCUGGCCGCCGCCAACUCCGUCUUCGGCCGCUGGGACGAGACCAAAGGCGAGGACAACAUUGACUUCAUGCCCACCAUCUUGUCCCGCUUCGACAUGAUCUUCAUCGUCAAGGAUGAGCACAACGAAGAGAGAGACAUGACUCUGGCCAAGCACGUCAUCACCCUGCACGUGAGCGCGCAGACCCAGACGGAGGCCGUGGAGGGGGAGAUCGAGCUGGGGAAGCUGAAGAAAUUCAUCGCUUACUGUCGAUUGAAGUGCGGGCCGCGCCUGUCUGCGGGGGCUGCCGAGAAGCUGAAGAAUCGCUACAUCCUGAUGCGCAGCGGGGCCCGCCAGCACGAGCGCGAGAGCGAGCGCCGCUCCAGCAUCCCCAUCACCGUCCGGCAGCUGGAGGCGAUCAUCCGCAUCUCCGAGUCCCUCAGCAAGAUGAAGCUGCAGCCCUUCGCCACGGAGGCCGAUGUGGAGGAGGCUCUGAGGCUGUUCCAGGUGUCCACCCUGGAUGCUGCCCUGUCCGGCUCCCUGUCAGGAGUGGAGGGCUUCACCAGCCAGGAAGACCAGGAGAUGCUGACGCGCAUCGAGAAGCAGCUCAAACGCCGCUUUGCCAUCGGCUCCCAGGUCUCCGAGCACAGCAUCGUGCAAGAUUUCACCAAGCAGAAAUACCCCGAGCACGCCAUCUAUAAGGUCCUGCAGCUCAUGAUGCGCCGGGGUGAGAUCCAGCACCGCCUGCAGCGCAAGGUGCUCUACCGCCUCAAGUGACCGUGGCAGGACCCCCCGCCCCCCUUCAGCCGUUCCCGUUGCUGCUGUUUCCAGGCCAGGCCACCCCCCAGGCCCUUCCCUGGGUCCCCUCCCCUGCGGAUGGAGGCUCCAGGAUGGAGGCCCCCGCCCCAGCGGUUUGUAAGUUGGCUUUGGUAGAAGUGGAAAGUUCAACUUAUUUUGGAAGUUUUGAUAACAAUAAAGAAGUGAUUGAUGAUUUUGGAUACAA